UGUUAGGUACCUACCCGCACGCUGUACGCAGGCGGCAGGACACCAGACGUCACAGACCACCAAGUAAAUACCAGACGUGUUGUCAAGUACUGCGCGGUAAAUACUAAAUUAUUUGAAAGUUCAUAAAGUAAAAUAUUUCAAAUAAAAUACAAUGAGCGGUAUAAUUACAGUAACAGCUCCAGUGAAUAUAGCAGUGAUUAAAUACUGGGGAAAACGUGAUGAAGACUUAAUUUUACCGUUAAACGAUUCCGUUAGUGCCACUUUGGAUACAAAUGUUAUGUGUGCUAAAACUUCUGUUUGCGCUCGACCAGAUAUUAAUGAAAAUGAAAUUUGGUUGAAUAAACUCAAAGAACCUUUCAAUAAUAAGCGGCUGCAGAAUUGCCUGGGAGAAAUUAAAGGUAUAGCGAGAGCGCAGAAAAGUGUCGACGAAGAAUUUUUGUCGUGGAACGUUCGUAUUUAUUCAGAGAAUAAUUUUCCAACUGCAGCCGGAUUGGCGUCUUCGGCGGCAGGUUACGCCUGCUUGGUAACUGCUCUGGCGAAGUUGUACAAAGUUAAGACAGAUAUCAGCGCUUUAGCUCGCUUGGGAUCAGGUAGCGCAUGUCGAAGCGUGUAUGGUGGUUUCGUACGAUGGCACGCUGGGGUAAAACCUGAUGGGAGUGACUCAGUUGCUACACAAAUAGUAAAUUCGUUACAUUGGCCAGAAAUGAGAGUGCUUGUAUUAGUUGUUGCAGACACAAAGAAACAUACAAGUUCGUCGAAAGGUAUGCAGUGUUCUGUAGCCACAUCCGAAUUGCUUAAAUAUAGAGUUCAAAACUCUGUACCGAAACGAGUUAAUGACAUCUGUAAAGCUAUUAAGGAUAAAAACUUUGCAACAUUUGCGGAGAUAACUAUGAAAGACAGUAACCAGUUCCACGCAGUGUGUCUGGAUACAUAUCCACCAUGUGUCUAUAUGAGAGAUGUAUCUCAUAAAAUCGUUGAAGUAAUGCAUAAGUAUAAUGAGAUUUGUGGUCAGACUAAAGUAGCAUACACAUUUGACGCUGGACCCAAUGCUUGCCUGUAUUUAUUGGAGAAAGAUGUCCCAGAAGUCAUAGCCCUUAUUAAAAAAGUGUUCCCUACUACUAAACAAGAUUUUGUCAAAGGUCUCCCGGAAUCUCUGGAGGGAUUUCCAGAGAUUCCGGAUUUUGAUUUCUUGAAUCUGUUUCCAAUUCAGCCUUUCAACAAGGAUUUGCUUAAAUACUUGAUUUACACUAAAGUUGGAGAUGGACCGCAAGAAAUUGCUGAUGGUAGUCAUCUGCUAAAUGUUAAUGGAAAUCCAAUUAAUUAGAUACAAGAUAGAAAUGGGUUAAUGGGAAUAUCAUGACACACAUAACUUUAUUGUGAAGGAGAGUUAGUAAAUUAAUCAAAGUAAUUUAUUUAUUUUUGUAUUAACAAUUUAUUUUAUUGUGCAGAUAUAUAUCUUUUCUGUACCUAAUCGGAGCUGUGUAUUUUAAAAUUUUAUGGAAUUUAACUAUUAAUUUUUAUAGUAGAUAUUUAUAAUGUUAUAAUGAGGGUUGUAAGGGCAUGGGCAUUUUUGCAUUUAAAUUAUUAAGAAAACCAUUAAAUACCACCUUAUUUAACAAAACUUUUAUUUAUUUUACAAGCCUAAAAAAUAAACUCAUAAAAGGCAGAAGGAGAAAAAAGCUAAAUAUGUCGAGAGUAAAGCUAAAUAUAAAAGUUCUUGACUCAUAUAUCCGGAGUAAAGCUAAAUAUAGCAAAUCGGUGAGGUGAUCCCCACCACGUUGCUUAUGAGGCGUGCAAAACAUAAUGACAUCAGCAGUGCUAGCACAGGCAGGAGACAAAAGUUAUAUCCCCUGACAGGUAAUAUAGUUAACGUGUCCAACUGGUAAUGUAUGACAACAUGGAA